AUAUGAAGCUAAUACAAAGAAAAUUUGAUUGGUGUAAGUCGAACGAGUAGUAAAAUAAUUCGAGUAAAAAAACUUUUCAAAGUCCAACAUGCAUAUCCACCCGUGUGUCUUUUACAUCCUGGUUCUAAUGGCUAGUUUACAAAGCAUUGGUGCACAGAAUUUCGACCCAAACCUGGAAGAUGGAGAUUACCUAAACCAGACCGAGAGGAAAGUAAAGCAUGAAGUGGUGACUUCAAGACAAGAACUGAUCGACCAAAUGGAAACGGUCCGAAUUGCAGCUCGAGCAUACAUCGGGGCCAAGAUUAAGGAAAACUUGUUCAAGGCGUUGAAGAGCGCUGCUGAGAAGGAAUUGGAGACCAUUUCAAUGCAAACCAGGCCACGCCAACCACGACAGGAUGACGAUGAAGAAGAAACCGCCACUCCGGACCCAGGAAUACUACCACAACUCGCCACAAUUGUUCAAGCCAUUUUCGGUCAAAAUGUGAACGUGACCCGGUACGUGGAGAACGCUUCCAAGCUGCUCCCCCGACCCAUCGGGAACCAAUUGGUGGGUGUGGCUAAUCUGCUCGAUCCGAGCCAAUUCACUUCCACAGCAACUCCGGAAGGAGGACCGGUGACCCCACCACCUCGAAAGGGAUUCAACUCCUCGACUCCUGUGCCCACUCUCACAUUUCCCAUCAACUCGACCCUCCCAUCAAGUGAAAAUGUGACGACAUCAGCCCCAGCAUUCCCACCACCACCACCACCACCCGGGGUACAACCACUCGGUGAAAGAGGUGCCGCAAUCAACACGGAGAGCGACGAGGAGGAGGACGAAGACACGGAAGAUGAUUUCAAAAGAAGCUUAAACAGGGUCAAGAGACAGUUCGCCUUCAAAGGGAUUCAUCCAAUGAUGCUCAUCGAUGGUUUUGAAUCCAUUUGGAAAAACUUUGGGACACCAAAUGCCACUGCUGCUCCUCUUUCCUCAACUGCUCCCCCCAAAAAGUACAUAAAAGCUGGCUCCACCACAGAAACCGACGAUGGCUUCGAUGACGACUACACAACGAAGCCAUCCCGAGUUAGUACGGCCGUAAGUGGGGUUGCAUCACAAAUGGAAGCUUUGAGAAAAGGGGUCCCAGACUUGUUGCAGGGUGCGAGAGAGGCUUACAAAUUCUUGGAGCAUUUGAACGGAUUCUUGGACAGUUGGGAGUCCAGACUCUUGGCCGGAAGUGCGGAUGAUGAAUAAUAAAUUAUAAAUACAUUGAUAUUUAUUUGAGACGAAUUAGUAUUAUUACGCCUAAUAAAGUGAAUUGCGGAAAAGUUAGUAAA